AUGAACUCUGCUAUCAUUAUCUUAUCUAUCUUGGUCUCCUUACAAAUUAUUCUGGGUUUACCUACUACUACCUUAAUUCAUCGAUCUGAACAAUUAGCUAGCUCUAAGCAGAUUCAUGAAAAAUGUUUUGGUCAGAUUAGUCCUACUGGUUAUCUACCUGGUUUUCUUCCUAAUAAUCUAGGAGGUGUUCAUAUUCCAUUUACUCAAGAAUUUUACUACUCUAUCAACAACAAUUACGGUUAUAGCACUUGUAACUCUUAUCCCAACAACAUUCAAUCUUUCGGUAACUGUGCUACUAUUGGUGCUUGUCAUGAGGCUUAUACUGGCUACACUAACCUUUUGAGCGGUGUUGGUAAUCUAGCUGGUGGUCUUUUGAACACUGUUGGUGGUGUGGUGGGAAAUCUCGGAAACACUGUUGGUGGUGUGGUGGGAGCUGUUGGGAACACGGUGGGAGGUGUGGUGGGAGCUGUGACUGGUUUGGUGGGAGGUGUGCUUGGUCUACUUUCGGAUAAGGAACUCAAGGAGAACACCAAGCAAGUUUAA